AACGAAUUGGAGGCGCACCGUGAAGCCAGCUUGUCUGAAGCAACUGUUGACGUGCAAAGGCAACACAGAGGAUAAAUCAUGACGUCGCUGGGGAGCAGCAGUUCCUCUGGCACUGAAUACACUGUGCGAGUCCCCAAAAACACCAACAAGAAGUACAACAUCAUGGCUUUCAAUGCAGGAGACAAAGUCAACUGUUCAACCUGGACGCAGGCUCGUAUGGAAAGAGACAUGAGUGCUCGGCGCAUAUAUGGGGAGGAGGAGAGUGCGGAAGGUGCAGCUGGCAGUGAGUUUGGCAAAAAGCAGCGUGAGGAAGCGCGGCGGAAGAAGUUUGGUAUCGUGACACGCGAGUUCAAAGCAGAGGAUCAACCCUGGAUUCUCAAGGUCAAUGGCAAGGCUGGCAAGAGGUUCAAAGGUCUAAAGAAGGGCGGUGUUACAGAAAACGCAUCCUACUACAUCUUUACACAGUGUCCCGAUGGAGCUUUUGAGGCCUUCCCGGUACAGGGCUGGUACAACUUCACACCGCAAGCCAAACACCGAACUCUCACUGCUGAGGAGGCUGAGGAGGAGUGGGGCAGGAGGAACAAGGUGGUAAAUCACUUCAGCAUCAUGCUUCAGAGACGUCUGCGGGAGCAGGAGCGUGGUGACGACGACGAGGACGAAAACGAGAAAUCGGGGAAGAAGAAAAAGAAAGGGGGUGGGAGAGGAGGUGAUCUGCGCAUUCACGACCUGGAAGACGACCUGGAGAUGAGCAGCAAUGACAGUGACAGCAGUAUGGGAGAUGAUGGAGAAGGCAAGUCGAAGACAAAGAAAGACACGGGGAAAGGAAAAGGAAAGAAGAAGAAAAAGAGCAACGACAAAGAGGCCUUGGAAGACAGCGAUGACGGUGACUACGAGGGUCUAGAGGUGGAUUACAUGUCAGAUGAAAGCAGUUCAGAUGAAGAGCCAGAAAAGGGGAAGCCCAGCAAAGGAGAGGACCUCCCUAAAGGGAUUGAUGAGGCAUCCGAAAGCGAGGAAGAAAGUGAGGAAGAGAAACAGAACGAGGAGGAAACAAAAGAAGAGGAAGAAGAAGAGGAUGGAAAGAAAACCCCAGUUCAAGUUGACAAGAAGAAGAAAAAAGACAGCAGUGGAGAAUCAGACAGCUCAGACGACAGCGACAUAGAGGGAGAGACAGCCUCCGCUCUGUUCAUGAAAAAACGCACACCUCCUAAACGUGGAGGUGGGCGUGGCUCCGCAGGAAGCUCCAGGACUGGCAGCCGCCCGGGAACACCAUCCAUAGACUCUGCCUCAACCUCCAGCACACUCCGUGCCGCUGCCAGCAAGCUAGAGCAAGGUAAAAGACAGCCUCAGGGGCCUGCCACUGACUCACCAGCAGCCAAAAGGCUGAAGAUGGAGCCUAGCAGUCAGAGUCCUGUUCCUUCUGGGAAGAGCACACCUCAGCCCCCAUCAGGAAAAUCCACACCAAGUUCCAGUGAUGUGCAGCUAACAGAGGAAGCUGUCCGGCGCUACCUGAUCCGUAAACCAAUGACCACCAAAGACCUGCUGAAGAAGUUCCAGACCAAGCGCACUGGUUUGAGCAGUGAGCAGACUGUAAACGUGCUGGCACAGAUCCUGAAGCGGCUCAACCCAGAGCGCAAGAAUAUUAACGAAAAAAUGCAUUUCUACCUCACUGAAUAACCAAUGUAAGUGGGGGAUGGAGAGGCGGUAGAGAGGACCACAGAGUGAAAAGGUUUAGUAUUUUCAACACCCCUGACCCUGCCAGAGAGGCUUUGUGUCUGUUUCAAAACAGAUUGUGCUGUGACAUGCUGCAGGAUGAAAAGUUGAAACUGUCACACAUGGUGUUUAUCAAAAAGUAUUUUGUUAAACAUCUUGAAUUAGUUUUUCAUACCCUGAAGUUUCAUAUUAAAGACUGAAAACAUUGUCAAUGUCUAGAGGGAAAAUAGCUCAAACGUUGUGUGGUUAUUCUCCAUGUGUAAACAGUUUAACGUAGAGCUUAAUGAAUGAAAAAA